AUGGAUGAUCCCAGGUCAGGCCCACCUUUAUUGCAACAGCUCAGCCAGGCUAGGUCUCGUUAUGCGGUGGGGGAGCUCUUCUAUAUCUGGCUCGUCACUGCCAUCCCCCUCCAACCUUCCCUCUCCCGCCACCUUCCCCCUCUCGCCUUUCCCCUCUCUCGCCCUCCCUCCCUUCCCCCCUCCGUCUCUCCGUCCUUCAACAGUCGCUCCAAGCUGCCUCUUCAAGCCCCUCAGCACUCCGCUCUCCUCGCGCGCCUGCUGCGCACAGCAGCCCUGCCAGGCGGGGCACGGCAGGCUGUGCGAGUGCUCUUCUACACCUGGCUCGUCACUGCCAUCGCGCUCGCUCACCUCGGCCACUCCUUCCUGCCCCGCUCCCUCGCUCGCCUGCUCCAGCUCCUCCUCACUCUUGUCACCGCGCCCUCUGCUGCUCUGUCAAUACAGCUGGGCGCCAUUCCACAGGGCUGGGCGCUGCAGCUGGUGGAGGAGUUGGACGACCUCUAUGGCACUCUCGGGCCCAUCCACGUGGCAGCAGUUCAGUGGGUGGCACCGGUCCUGCCGCGCCGCGUGAUACAGCUGGCGGAGCGGUUCACUGACAUGCUGGAAGAUGCCGUGUUCCCCCAUGGAUACGAUGAUAACGAUGACCACCGCAUUCGCAUGAUGCUGCCCGCAGUACCUCCCACAACCGCCUUCACAAACAGAUACCACCUCCCCCUGGCAUACCAGCACCAGCAGCACUUCGAAAACCCGCUCCAGUUACCACCUGCCCCUGGCGCCACUGCUCCUGAGCAGAUGCAACCUCCCCUGCUGCUGCUGCCAGCAGUACCACCACCCACAGCAGAAGCAGCAACUGCAGGCACUGGGGGGAUGUUGACUGGUCAAGGGAUAGGAGGAGUGAGAGAGAUGCGAGAAACACGAAUGGCUGCAACAACAGCAGGAGGUGCAGGGGUGGAGGCCGGGGCAGCUGGGGUGGAGGGAAGAGGGGGAGGGAUGGUGAGAGCUGGGCAUGUUCCUGCUGCUCCUCCUCCUGCUCCUGCUCCUCCUGCGCCUCCCUCCCCUUCUCCUGCUCCUGCUCCUGAUACUGCUCCUCCUCCUCCUCCUCCUCUUCCUCCUCCUCCUCCUCCUCCUCCUCCUCCUCCUCCUCCUCCUCCUCCUCCUCCUCCUCCUCCUCCUCCUCCUCCUCCUCCUCCUCCUCCUCCUGCUGCUGCUCUGGCUGCUGCUCUGGCUGCUGCUGCUGCAACUGUUGCCAGUCCGCUAAGGGAAAUCAACAGCCCAGGGGCGUUCAGGCCUCGGGCUAAGGUGACCUAUUCAGAGGAAGAAGAGAGCGCGUUCACUUUCAGUGGGGUGUCAGGGAUUAGUGAGUCUGACAGUAGCGAGGAUGAUGGUGGUGGGGUGGAUGGGAAUGGUGAGUUGGGGCAAGAGGUAGGGGGAGGGGUGGGAGGAGGGAUGGGAGGAGGGGGAGUUGGGAUGGGAGAGGGGAUGCAAGGAAUGGGAGGAGGAAUGGGCAUGAGAGGGCAAGGUGAGAUACGUGAUACAGAGAUAGGAGGGUUGGAAGGAGUAAACGGACAGGGUGCAGGGCGGUGGAGGGCAGCUGGAGUUGGUGAUGCGAGGUGGAGAGCGGUGAGAGAGGAGGGGAGGCGAGUGGAGAUGCCUCUGCAGCAGAGGCAAUGGCUGAGGAAUGGGAGGACAGAAAUUGGGAGGAGGGCGCAGAGUGAGUACGGUGGCACGAUGGUGGGAGGUGGGCGUGAGGCAUGGGGAAGGGGAGAAGCAGGAAGAGAGGCGUGGGGAAGAACAGGGGCUCAGGCAAGGGCUGGGGAUAUCCCUGCUACUGGCUUUCAAGUUGCCGCUGGUGGUCGUGGUGGUGCUGCUGAUAGGCUGAAUCGCAGCCAGGAAACAGGGGCAGGUGUGCGGACAGAGGGGGGACGAGGAGGGUUGUCAGAAGGAGGAGGGUCAUUAGGAGGAGGAGGCAGAGGAGGGGUGUGGGAGAUGGAGGAGGAGGAGGAUGCAGGGAGGGUGUACUAUGCGCGUGACUUGGAUGUGUUCAGUCCUUCUCAUGGGUUUGCUGGCCAGGGAGGAGGAGGGAGAGGAGGCGUGGGGGGUGAGGGAGAUGAGGUGAGGCGGCAAGUGAGGUGUAAUGUGGAGAUUGCAGAAGAGGAGGGAAAGGAGGAGGAAGAGGAGGAGGAUGAUCUGGAGUUUGCAAGUACAGAGGAGGAUGGUGGAGAGGUGGAGGAGGAGGAAGGGGAAGAGGAGAUGCGAGCAUAUGUGGAUUUGAACUGGAGACGGGAAGGUGAGGAGAGCAGUGAGAACGAGCCUGUUGCUCCAGGGCAGAGGUUGAACACGACUGGCAGCAGGAGAGCAGUAGCAGCAGGAGGAGGAGGAGCAGCAGGAGCAGGAGCAGGAGCAAGGGAAGGGCUGGCAGCAGUAGCAGCAGGACGUAAUGGGAAAGCAAAGGAGGAAGAAGAGGAAGAGGAGGACGAAGAGGAAGAGGAAGAGGAGGAGUUUCGGAGAUGA